UGUCGAAAUUACAUUAGCUCGGGUGUCAGAGGCUCGUCAAAAAAGACUUCCUCUUUGGUAGCUGUUCGGCUUACCAGCAUUAUCAUGCUUUCUUACAAUACCCCCUUUUCGCGAUCGCUAUGCGAAGACAAGAUCUCCAGGGAUGUAGUAUGUAGGCCAUCAUGUAUGCAAUGUCUUGUCUAUCAAACUAAGAUAUCGACAUUAUGGUUGGUCAGGACUUGCGACUCACAGUGUCCGAAGCAACCAACCAGAUGGUCCGGAGCACCACAUGACCUAAAACAGUUGAUGGACAGGUUACUACAACGUUCAACGAGCCUCCCUAGUCACAAGCGCAAGUUCGCUAUCGUCACGGUGGAGAACGGGCCAAUCCGGGCCAACGUUCCAUCACCGACCGUAGGGUCCGAUGCUAUCCCGCUGAGGCCUUUCCCAUCGUGGGCCUUUGCCACUAUGAGGCUGUUGCUCAUAAUGAAUGUAAAAACUGUACUACUCAAUGCUUUCAUCUCUUCCUAUUUCCUUGGAAAGGUUUGCAAAAACUACGACUGCGUCUCCCCACUCCAGCCUCAGCUCUUACUAGCUAUCACAUCAUCUAUAACAUAAUUUUUCGGUUUCAAUAUCUCUCAAAAUGAGGCUUAUCAUCCGCGACGACUCGGACACUGCUAGCUCCUAUGUAGCUGAUUACAUCAUGAACAGAAUCCGACACUUCAAUCCCACACCCUCACAUCCUUUCGUGCUUGGCCUCCCUACCGGUUCGAGUCCUCUUGGUGUAUACAAGAUAUUAGUCGAGCAGUACAAGGCCGGAAACAUCUCCUUCGAAAAUGUUGUUACCUUCAAUAUGGACGAGUACGUCGGCAUUCCUCGAGACCACCCAGAGAGUUACCACUCAUUCAUGUGGAAACAUUUCUUCUCUCACGUCAACGUGAACCCAAAUAAUGUCAACAUCCUCAACGGUAACGCGCCGAAUCUCGAGGCAGAAUGUGUUGAGUACGAGGCCAAGAUCAAGCGUGUCGGAGGCAUUGACUUGUUCUUGGGCGGAAUCGGGGAAGAUGGACACAUUGCCUUCAACGAACCGGGCUCUAGUUUAGCCUCAAGAACUCGUGUCAAGACACUAGCCUACGAUACUAUUCUUGCCAAUUCCCGUUUCUUUGGCAACGACAUCGCCAAGGUCCCUAAGAUGGCCUUAACAGUUGGUGUCCAGACUGUUCUCGAGGCCCGAGAGGUCGUCGUCAUUAUCCUCGGUGCUCGCAAGGCUCUCGCUUUGCAAAAAUGCAUCGAGCAGGGUGUCAAUCACAUGUGGACCCUUUCGAGUCUCCAGUUACAUCCUCACCCUAUGAUAGUUUGCGAUGAGGAUGCCACAUUAGAACUACAAGUUAAGACUGUUAAGUAUUUCAAGAGUAUCGAGCAAGUUGCAAGACAACAAGGAUUCGAGCAAAUUCUACCCUCGAGCAUUCGAACAGGGCCGGGACCGGUUCCCAAGACCGUGAUCGAAGAGGUCCAGUCCCCCACCAUUCUGGCACCUCAACCCAUGACAUCUCGUCUCUUGCUUGCAACGCCGGCUACCGAGUACCCUAUCCGAUCAGUGUCUCCGGAUCUCGUACCGGACCGAAUGGCGGAUCGUGUCGGAAUACCCGAUAUUUCGAGAAGAUUAACACCCCAACCCGAACACCAGCAACGAGUAGCUAGCGUCGGGGCGUAAGUUGACGUCUUUAAGUAGAACGGUAGGCGUGUAAAGGUAUUGCACUGUAGUACUCGGACUUAAAUGAAUGGUCUUUUUGCGAAAAUUGUAUCAUUGGGCUGGGAUAAAUCGAGGAGUUAUGCUAGAGAAUUAACAACAAAUGCGACGACGUAGAAGAGGCUAGACCACUUACCAGAUAUGACCAAGUAGAUUGAGUUUGAUUCUACCUGUUAAGGCGGCGCUUCUAUACUUGCCUCUACGGUAAUUGUUUUACAGCAUAAGACUCAGACAUGUAUAUAUAUAGCAUACGUUAUUAUAGACGUUAGAUACCCAAAUAAAGAUAUAUGUUUAUUGUGU